AAGAAGAAGCUCCCAGUAUGCACCGCGAUCCGGUCGCUCUUUUGUUGCCGGAAACGCCUCUGGGACAAUGCAAGCACAUCCCGAUGUUCAGAGGUUGGAAAAGGGAGAUGUGUCUCAGAGAGAAGAUCUCACCGGUCUGCCUGACCUGGCUGCGGCUGACCAACUGUUUAAUGGCUCUACAGUUGCUUCUAGGUUCCUGCGGGCUGAACUGGAACUGAACGCACGGUUGCGGACGCUGUCGUUUGGGAAACCAGUGCGAUACACGUACAACCCGCUUGAGUACGCCUGGGACACACAUCGAUGCUAUGUGGAGAAAUACUGUCAGGAAGGGCAGAGCGUUCUCUUUCUAGGCAUGAACCCAGGGCCUUUUGGCAUGGCACAAACAGGGGUGCCGUUUGGCGAGGUGAAGGCAGUUCGCAGUUGGCUGAAGAUCACUGGAGCGGUCGGCCGUCCAGCAGAGGAACAUCCUAAGCGACGGAUCACAGGCCUCGACUGCACUCAGAGUGAAGUGAGCGGAGCCCGUUUCUGGGGCUUUUUCCAAGAGCUCUGCGGUGAAACUCACAACUUCUUCCGCCACUGUUUUGUGCACAACUUGUGCCCUCUCAUCUUCAUGAGUGAGUCUGGCAAGAACCUGACUCCACCUGAGCUCCCGGCCGCGGAGCGUGAUGCCCUUUUGUCCUGCUGUGACAGUGCUCUCUGUCAGGUGGUCACUGCACUGGGGGUCUCCAUGGUGAUCGGAGUGGGCAAGCUAGCUGAGCAACGCGCUCGACGGGCUCUUGCAGAAGCAGGCAUCACUGUGAGAGUGGAGGGUAUCAUGCAUCCGUCCCCUAGAAACCCACUGGCUAAUAAAGGAUGGGCUAACAUAGUCAGAGACAAACUAGAUAAUGUGGGGGUGUUAAGUUUGCUUACCAGUUGAGGAUGAUGAUGACAGCUACUACCUCUGCAUUUUAAAAUUCACUCAUUAAUUCUUUUGAACCUUACUGUUGACAUUAUCAGUGACAUGAGAAAGUCUUGGCCUAAUGGUUAGAGAGUUGGACUUAUAACCCAAAGGUUGUGGGUUCGAGUCUC